UCCAUUCACACGACCAAGAUUUGCCAUGAUGCCGAAAUCAAAGAAAAAGGAGAAAUUUCAAUUCUUGAAGGAAAUUCUUGAAGACUCUUCAGCCAGCGACAAGGAGAACGAUGGAAAGAAAUUCACAACAGAAGCGUCUACACAAAGUGACGGUAGUGCUCAGACAGAAACCGAGAAAAAAGAAAAAGUCAGUGCUGGCCCUGUUGGCAAAUACCCAGUGUUGUUUAAGAAAACAUGUAGGAAUAAAAGUUGUCAAACAAGGCUGUCAUCGUUUCCUCUAUUUCCACUUCCCGAGGAAACAGAAUGGAUAAGUGAUGAAGACGGAGAGAACAAUAAGAAAUCCACAACACUGAAAAAGAAACGGAAGCAAAACAAAUCGGUUUCUAGAGAGGUAAAGAAAGACAAUGUUGUACAUCAUGACACUGAAACUGAUCACAUACUUAGCAAAGUGAAAAAUUCUGAUGGUACAAAGAAAAAUUUCAGAUCAGAGCACCAGCUGAAAGAAACUGAUAACCCAGUCUUACAAGCUUGGCUUCAUAAAAAGGCCAUUGUCGCUCGCAAGCAGAAAAAGCUAGAACGAAAGGAGAAGCGAGCUAAAAGGGCCGCCCUCGAGGAAGAAGCUCGAAUUCAAGCAGAAAGGGCCAUAGAAUCCAGGGAGAAGGUUGGAGACUGGUUAAAAAGGAAACAUAAGGAGGCAAGAAUGGCUUGGAGAAAGAGCCGCACUAGGGUUACACCUGAACAAGAAGGUUCCACCUCACAGAGGGGUGGUCUUUCCCCACCACCACCUCCUGAGUACAGGGUUGUAAGGAGUUUUAAGUAUAGGAAGCCUUCCUCUGGUCACCUAGGCAGUAAUGAUCAUACUAACGAUAGAAGCAUUUCUGCGAAUGGUGCAAUCCCAAUGACUAGCCCACCUAUGUCCUCACCUAAUUCCAAAGUUGAUUCAAACACCUCAGAAAACACAGCAAAUCGUGUCAAACAUCGACCAAAGACUGCUGUUGAUCGUACAGAAACUGGGUCACCCUCCCACUCAACAACAUCCAUGAAGAGACCAAAGACAUCAAGAGAAAGAUCAUUAAAAAGCCCUGCCGCACAAGCAAUAGCUAGUGCAUCUGACAAGGAUGCAGCUAAAAAAAUGCAAUCACUGAGUUAUGAUCAAUGGUUGAGAGUUAAACGUGGUGCAGACAAAGACAGAAUGAUACAAAAGAAACGAGACUUGAUAGAUUCACAUCUGCAAGCUGUUAUUAAAGAGCUUGGGAAGAAAAGAGUGGAAAAAAUCAUGUCGCCAAGAAAACAGGUUGAUACAGGUCUGAAGAAUGUCUCUCGCUCACCAGUCCCUGCCAAGUCAGAUACCUCUACAGUAAAGAGAAGCAAUCCAUACCGAUGGGUAUUAAGCAAAAAACCCAGACCUGAACCACAAGGCUGCGACUGCCCAGAAAGUCAUGGUACUGACAGAACUGCCAGUGGCUCUUGUCACCAACACACAAAAAACAGUGGUGAACCAAAGGAUGCAAAUGUUGAGGUUCAAUCUUCCGAAAAGCCAAAAAUUCAUGUAUGCAAAGAAGUUGAUGAAAAAUAUAAUGAACUUAAGCCAUCAAUUGAAAAGGUUAAAGAUAUUCUUGAUUCAGAGAUAAAGAAGCUUAAGGAAUCCAGCAAAGGUUUGGGCACAAAUGUUGACAAAUCCAGCCAACAAACUGUAGAUUCAUCUACUCUGUCAUUAUCAGCAGGAGGUGAUUCUUCUUUCAAGGAACCCAAGUUGUCAAGGCCUACAUCUGCUAGGCCUAUGUCUGCGAGAUCUCCCUCUGCAAGGCCAGCUACUGCUCAGCCUCCUACUGCACAUGCAAGACCGGGUAGUGCAUAUUUGACAAAAGAUCAAGCUAAAAAGACUGCAGCAGACCUUGAUGUACUUGGUUUGUGUGACAGUGACCCUGAACAAGAAGAAGAAAUCGACACAGAGGCUGGUGUAGAUGUUAAACAUGAUGCAAAAUCAACUGUGAGAGAGAACUACUUUGACUAUGGAAGUGAUGUUGACCCACCCACCAUGCAGCCAGCUCAAUCUGUCAAGUAACUGAAUUCUCCUUCCUAUCCCGGAGGGAAAGGGGGGAGUUAUCCACAACAAAAAAGGGAAGGGAGGUGCAAAUCAGUUACAAUUAUCUUCUGCAAACAUCUCAACCAUCUAAAAAUAUUAAACCCUAUGCAUGAUCAAAUAAUACAUUGAUGUUCAUCUAUAUAAAUAUAUCCUUUAUUUUCUCACAAUAAUAAGCCUUCUUUUCUACCCCCUCUGCCCUUUCACUUUAAUUUUUACUUCAAUACCAGCCACUAAGCAGUCAGAGACUCACUGGCGUAACAGUCAGCCUAUUGGCCAGUCCAACUGACAUGCUGGCUAGAGUCACUAAUUGUGUUUUUGGGCAAGACAUUUUGCUCUCACAGUGCAGUUCUUCCACCCAAGAAUUUAAAUCGGCAAGACAACCUGAUAGGACUCCUUGGCACCAUCCUGGGAGGACUAGCCAUAGACAAUACAUUGGUCAGAAAAGCUGCCACAAAAUAGAAACAUAUAGAAGAUUUUGAAUGCCUUAUUGAACAAUAUUUUAUCAAUUUAAUUAUAAAUUUAAAUAUAGUUCAAAAAAAAGUUAUAAAUGUGGGUUGGAGGUAUAAUUUGUCCAGCCUUGUUCCCCGAGAGGAUGGGAAGAAGAGAAAUCCUAGGAAUAUGUUAACUUUGUUUUACAACCCUGUCAAGAGUGCAUUUCAGAAAUAAACAGAUAUUAAAAACAUCACUUUGUAUAGCAGUUAAAAUUUUAUACAUACAUGUAACAAAACUUAAAGUGAGGACACUUGAACCGUGAACACUUGUUAUUUUUUUGUACAUUUUUUAGUGACCAUAGAAUGCGGGCUUUUCCUUUUAACAAGAGUAUUAAGUGUUUUUACACUUUAAAGAUGCUAAUAUUAUACAUUAUAUAAAGAGCCUUUAUUCUAUGGCCUUCAAAAAAAAAUUACAAAAAAAAUGUCAAGUGCUUGUGGUUGGAGUGUCCUUACUGUAAAAAAUAAGAAUUUUUAACUGUUUUUUUUUUUUAGUAUUUGAAGUAAUUAUUUACUAUAUCUUUAGCAGAGGAGACCAUUUCAUUGCUAGGCUAAGCUCAUAUAUAGCUUACAGUUAGUAGCUUACAGUAGCAGUUUUUUGCUAUUUUUUUUAAUCGCCUUCACACCCUCAUCAUGUCUGGCUAAAGCUAACAUUCUUUAUUAAUAUUUCAAUGGUUUCCAACUCAAAUGUUUGUCAUAACGGGGAAACUUUUAUACAGAGCUCUAUUAAACAUCCGUUAUUCAAGCUUAAACAAAUCUACUUGUGUUUACUUAGCAAACAGAAAUCCAAACAUAAUUUCUUGUGAAGCAGAAAUUCCUGCCCCAGUCCUGCCUUGCACAUGGCACCACUUCAGUCUAAAUGUCUGCGCUGAAGUUUUCUGUUUGUCUGGAACAUGUAAUACUUUGUACCCUUGUCCUGUUUCUUCUCAGCAUAAAAUCCCUGUAAGUGCCUGGGUACGAGAUCCACCCAAAAAGAGAAUAUUCAACUUUUGAAGCUUCUGAUUAACUAUGUACUCUUGCCAUAAAACAAAUGUGUGGAAAUUGUCAGUUUAAGUACAGUUUUUGUAAAUCCUCAUUUGUAUAUCUGUGGAAAUUCCGAUCCAUAGUCUCCAAUCAGAAGAUAGCAUGAACAAUUCGUCAUGUUGCCUCCCAUUAGAUGAUCUUAGAUGGGAUUUUUAACAAGUUUCUGUUUACAAUAUUCGUUUUCGUAUUUCAGUGUCUCCAAUUAGACCAGCAGUCCUUAACUCUUCAACGCUUAAAUAAAGUGUUUUAUCUAUUUUAUUUUAUUUUUUGUAACUAUUUAUUCUAUUUUGGUUUAUUUCAUCAGUUAUAUUGCUAAGCCACGUGAAUCAUAACAAGACUUCCGAUGCCUGGAAGUUUUUUUUCGGCGUAUUUUUCGCGGUCG